GCGGUGACGUUUCUCAAGCUGCAAACAUGAUGUGUGACUACUUUCUUCCGUUGUUACUUGCUAUUUGCGUCUUUCGCGUUUCAUACGGAUCUGGCGCGGUGAAGGAUGGCGAGAAUUAUAUCAAUAUUUGGAUUUUGCCUCAUACUCAUGAUGACACGGGAUGGGUGAAAACGGUCGAUGAAUAUUACGUCCAACAAGUGCACUGGAUUCUUGAGACAGUGACUCAAGCCUUAUUGGAAAACCCCGAACGUAGGUUUAUGUAUGUGGAAAUGGCUUUCUUUCAUCGAUGGUGGAAUGAAAUUGAUAAUGAUAUGAAGCAGAAAGUGCUACAUGUUAUUCGAAAUGGGCAGCUGCAAUUGAAUUUAGCUGGGUGGUGUAUGAAUGAUGAAGCAGCAACUCAUUAUGCUGGUGUUAUUGAUCAGAUGACAGAAGGUGCAAUGUUUGCUAUGGAGGAACUGAAAAACAGAUCCACUGUAUGUGUCCAAGAGCCUGAUAUAUUUGCAAGGUCUUGCUUGCAUAAGAAAGUUUGGUUUAUUAAGGUUGGGUGGCACAUUGAUCCAUUUGGACACUCAUCAGUUACUCCGUCAUUAUGGGCUGAUAUUGGUUUUAAUGCAUUCAGCAUCAGUCGCAUCAAUUUUCAGGAUUUGGAGCGGAGGAAAAGUCAAAAGCAACUUGAAUUUGUGUGGAGGGGCUCCAAGACACUGGGAAAAUCACGAGAUAUGUGGACUCACAUCCUUGAUAGUCACUACUGUACUCCUCCUGAAUGUGCAUAUGAUACCAACCUGUAUGUUCAGAAUGAUCCAAGCUUGCCUUCGUAUCACCCAAACAUUGAGGAUCAAGCUGAGUCGUUUGUCAGUAUGGCAAGAGACAGAGGUGAUUGGUACCGACACAACCACAUUCUAAUUCCAUUUGGCUGUGACUUUGCACAUGUGAAUGCCGAAAAAAGUUUUAUUCAGAUGGAUGAGCUAAUGGCAUAUGUCAAUAACGACAGUUCAUUUCAAGCCACUGUACGGUAUGGUACUUUGGAUGACUAUACAAGAGCUAUCCACUCUCUUGGUUUAACAUGGGAUGUUUAUGAAGAUGACUUUUUUCCUUAUGUCUCAGGACCUGAAGCAUACUGGACUGGCUUUUACACAAGUAGGCCUCAAUUGAAAGGAUACGUUAGGUCAAUGAGAGCCUUUCUUCAAGGUGCAGAAACUUUGUAUUCGCUUGGCGCUCAAGUUCUUAUUCUUCCAAAAGAAAAAUUCUUCGAAAAAGUUAAUCUAUUACGAAGAGCUGUUGCCGUUAGUCAACAUCAUGAUGCUAUCACAGGUACUGAACGAAGUUAUGUGGUGGCUGAUUACAUUAGUAUGAUGAAAAAAGGAAGAGCUGCUACUAGUCCUGUUGUUACAGACAUUCUUGCUAAACUGAUUGGAGGAGAAACAAAUCCGCCAGAUCUUACUCUUAAUCUAGCUGAUUUGCUACUUCAUGCAAAAUCAGGAGAUAAGGUAGCAGCAGUUGUUUAUAAUAGCCUUGGAUGGAAUCGUCAGUCAUAUGUGUCGAUCUCAGUUAGUCGACACGAUCUUUCGGUGGUAGACAGUACUGGCAAGAUUGUUCCAAGCGACAUCCUUGUUUUUCCAGGUGGUGGAAAGAAUGAUGCUGAAGCAACACUUUAUUUUCGAGCAAAUGUGCCCCCGCUUGGCUUUCAAGUAUAUUACAUUCAAGUUGGGCAUGGCCACAUAACAAAACUGACAAAAGCUGUACCGUUGGAAGUUCGUGGGUUGUCUUCUGCAGUGGCUCCAAGACUUGAGAAUGAAUUUUAUCAGGUGAAUUUUUCAUCCACUACAGGCCGCAUGACUAGUAUAUUCAACAAACAAACAAAGAAAACUUUGUUUGUAAAUCAGAAUCUUUUUCAGUAUGUAAGUGCUUCUGAAUAUGGUCAGCAGGCGAGUGGUGCUUACAUAUUUCGACCAGCUCGAGACAAUUAUACUGUUAUAGUUCCUACCAAGGGCCACAGCUUGAUGUCUCAUGAUGUGCAUUUUUAUCAGUCAUUUCUUGAACAUCCCAUUGUUAUCAUGUCUCCUAAUGUGCCUGAUGAUCUGUUUGCCUUGUCUAUAGCCUCAAUGGAAUCAAAUAACAUGACUGUGAAUGCGUACCAUAUUGGAGGAGGCACAUAUAUUUCGUAUAACAUAACAGCUACUUUCUGGGCUUUUGAUUCUAAGACAAUUCCACCAGGCAGCCAGCUUGGAAGUUGGGAAAUUGGUUAUUCCGUGGGUAGAAGGUGCAAGACUUUUUUUGGCACUUUUGUGAAGCCUUUUCGUUUAAUACCUCGGUUGUUAGCAACUGUGAGGAUGAGCAAAAGCAAAAAUGAAGCAUAUGCUGCAAGUGCCUUCAACGUCUCAUUACAUGGGGCUUCAUUCAAUGUGUGCAGAGUUGAUGACUCCUUUUGGACACAGCAGAUUUUUGUUGACUGGAUUGCUUUUGAACCCAAUGCAUCAUUUUCAAGCAAUGUUGUUCAUGGUUCAAAAGAAUUGCAUGGCACUAAACCAGUGUCUUCCAGAUAUAUUUAUGUUGAACUUCCUGAUAACUUGUCAAUACAUGACGCUGGUGUAUUGGCUAUGGUAACGUGUGACUCACAAGUCUUGAUUGUGAGCGCUUCCUUGCAACGAGGAGACUAUGCUCCAACUUCUUUUGAAAUGGUGAUAGGAAAUAUUGAUUACGCACCUUGGGCAGGAGACAUUAAGGUUGAUUGGCUGCUCUUUGAACGGUCGACAUUACAGCUUCCUGUAACAUCUAAGCACAGCACAGUACAUGUAGCCAUCGGGUCUUAUGUUUCCGAAAUCAGACAGGACUUCAAACAUGGGUACAGUCAAGUAUUUAGAGUAUUUGGAUCUCGCAACGGGCAUGGGGAAGACUUAGCCGAUGACCAAUAUUAUGUGGAGAGUGAAUAUCUGCUUGGACCUAUUGAAAAAGGACGUGAAGUGAUUACAAGGUUUACAACUGAUUUGGUUACCAAUGGUACUUUCUAUACUGAUGAGAAUGGCUUGGAGAUGAAGAAAAGAGUGUUUGAUAUAAAUCGAUUUGAAAAAAUUGCAGGUAACUACUAUCCUCUGGUUGCUGCUUCAUAUCUUGAAAAUGUUAAGAGUGGUGAUCGUUUGACUUUUCUGUCUGACAGGGCUCAUGGCUGUUCAAGUCUUUCUGAUGGGGAAUUUGAAGUCAUGUUGCACAGGCGCUGUCUAAAGGAUGAUGGCUUUGGUCUUGGGCAGGUUCUGGAUGAUACCAGUAAAAUUAGAGCAAAGCUAUGGAUGAUCUAUUCUGAUAGUCCCAUGUCAUCUUAUCUUCAACGACGACUGGCUUUGCUGCUGGAGAAUCCAGUCACUCUUGCCUAUGCAAAUGUUAGCGAUCCUGCUCUAUGGUCACAUAGCUAUAAACAGUACUUCACGGGAUUGAAGAAGGAAUUGCCACCUAAUGUGCACUUGUUGUCUCUGCGGCCAGUGGCGGCAUCAAAAAGUGACCUCAUUUUGCGUUUGCAACACAUCUUUGAAGCUGAUGAACACCCAAAGUAUUCUCAUCCAGUUGAUAUUUAUUUAUCAGAACUGUUUUCUGGUAACUUUUCGGCAUCCAAUCCAGUUGAAAUGUCUCUCACUGCUAACGUUCUCAGAUCAGUUGCUAUGAAAGAACAGCUGAAAUGGAAAACAGGAGAUGGUGCGGAAUUUGAGAAUGAUCUGUGGACUUAUCACGACGACCAUUCUCAUCUCGUUAAACUCUCUCCUCGAGAAAUACGAACUUUCAUCAUCAAUGGAAGUUGAGAACAGCAACUUGCCUGUAACGACCACAGGGUCAUUCAGACCACAUGAGGCGUUGUUUAGUCUGUGAGUAUGUGUGUGGUCUUGUUAUGCUGUAGCUAAGAACUAAGGUUCUGAUUCAUGUUGAUAUGCUAUUUCACAGAAGUAUAUCUUGCUAGAACAAAGGUAGACAAUUUCAUGUUGGUAUGCUAUUUCACAAAAGUA